AUGAAUUCGGCCGAGCUAGUUAUAAUCAGUAUGGCGGCAUGUUAUCGCGAUCAACGAAGAAUGGGUCAAAUGAUCGAUCAAAUGAAAAUACUUGCCAGUAAUUUGGAUGAGUUACGUGCUGAAAUUAAUGCAUUAAGAAAUACUUACUUGCGAAACGAAGAGGAUCUUCCACAUGCAAAUGAUUUCAAACGAAAUAGGAGUAGCGAAAUUAAUAUUUUACAUAAAUUAAGAAGAUAUAUGAGGAAAGUAACAAACAUAUACACAUUGAGAAAAAGACAAAAACGUGAUAAAAUUCGAGAGUCUUAUUAUCCCUGUACGAAUAUGGACCCUGCAUUACCUACGUUUUUAAACUGCAUCAUUCGUACCCGAAAAAAAGAAAAUAUGUUACAAAUACCAGCUAGGAUUAAAUAUUUGAAAAGUCAAGGCAACCAAACGAACGAGAAUGUCGGAAGUCGGCACUAUAUAACGAAACGUCCAUCAGCAUCUAUGGACACUGAAAAUACAAACUAUCACGGAUCAUUAUUCACAAAACAUGGAAAUGAACAAUAUAAUAAAAUAAUAUUUCCAAAACAAAAUACAACUCUUGUUCCACAUUGUUCCGAAAUAAGUUGUGAAUUAGAUUUCCAAAUUGAAAACUCAAUAUUUUCCUCUGGAUCCAAUGUGAAUAUUUUUUCAGAUUCGUAUACUUUAAAAAAUUGUCCAGAAAAUACAAAAGUAGUUUUGUCAAAUGGUAAUAACAAGCAAUCUGCAACAAAAUGUACGCAAACAAGAAUAGCAAAACUGGGACGAAAGUCCAAAAAUUUUAAUUUUUAUUCUAAACGACCUAAUCUUUGCUUUUCUAAAAUAAAGAAUGCUGUGAUUGAAAAAAGAAUUAUAAGAAAUUCGAAUGAGCGUACGUUUACGAUACGUCGAGAAGUCAAUAAUACGAAGAAUUAUCCAAAUUUGAAGAAAAAUCGUUCUGAACAAUGUUCGUGUAGAAAGAAAAGAAACAAUUUUACCCAAUUGAAUGGUGAAAACACGGGUGGACAAAAUUUUCCCAUCGAAAAAAAUAUAAAAAAAAUUAAAAAUAACUUAUCUAUAAAAAACAUGCUCGAAAAUCUACUGCCUGUUACAGAACCAGAGUUAUCGUCUUCGUUACUUUCUUUGGAGUUAGAUAUUAAUAUUUCUAAUAAUUCCAGUAACAUCGAGGAAUUUUCAGAACGUAGAAAACCAAGAACUUAUAUAAUACGUCAAACAACACAGGAAUGUAAUCGAAAUAACUGGUUGAAUAAUUUUGAGAAGAGUGUCGUUUGUGUGGAACAUACUUCCGAUUUGACCCUUUCUUCAUAUAGUUUUUCUAAUCACAAUGUUCAUUUUAAUUAAGGGAAGUAUU